GAGAGAGGGUGAAUACAAAAUGGGGGUCCAAGAGGGAACCCAUCUCCUACUGGGCAAGGGCCACCCAAGACCUAUGGGAGGGAGGAGGAUUCCUCUUUGAGCCCCUUUGCAGAGAGGGGUACAAACAGUUUCUUGGUCUUGUCCCUACACGGACACUGAACCCCUCCAAAAUUUCCCAUGAAGGGGAACUUCAUAUAGUCUGACUCAGACGGGCUACGGAGAUUGAUGGGGUUGCUGAAGAGCGUCUUGGGAUCGCUGACUUGGCUCUGUGGAUCGCUGGGAAGUACAGUUCUUUCUACCGCACUCCCGAGGAAGCUCCCAUGGGCAGAGCCGGAUAAUCAGAAGGGCAUAUCCUGAAGACUUCUACACCCAGAUGAUGGAUGAGUGCUACCAGAUAUGGGCUCAGCUGGAGCAUGAGGCUGGGACCCAAUUACACAGGCAGACGGGGCUACUGCUGCUGGGAAUGAAGGAGAAUUCAGAAUUAAAAACGAUCCAGGCUACUUUGUCUAGACGGGGCGUGGAGCACCAGUGCCUUUCAGCUGAGGAGCUGAAACAACGUUUCCCCAAUGUUCUGUUGGCUAGGGGAGAAGUGGGGGUCUUGGACAAGUCCGGAGGAGUUCUCUAUGCAGACAAGGCCCUCAGAGCCUUGCAGGAUGCAAUUCGACAUCUGGGAGGCCUAGUGUGUGAUGGAGAGAAGGUGAUGGAGAUAAAACCGGGGUUCCCAGUCACGGUGAAAAGUACGGCCAGGAGCUACCAAGCCAAGAGCUUGGUCAUCACAGCGGGCCCUUGGACCAACCAGCUCCUCCGUCCCCUGGGAAUAGAGCUGCCUCUGCAGACCCUGCGAAUCAAUGUGUGUUAUUGGCGAGAGAAGGUUCCCGGAAGCUACGGUGUGUCCCAGGCCUUUCCUUGCUUCCUAGGCCUGGGCCUCAGCCCGGCUCCCCACCACAUCUACGGGCUGCCCUCCGGAGAAUACCCAGGGCUGAUGAAGGUCUGCUAUCACCACGGCAACAAUGUAGAUCCUGAGGAGCGGGACUGCCCGGAAGCAUUCUCAGACAUCCAAGACGUCCAGAUCCUGGGCCGCUUUGUCAGAGAUCACUUACCUGACCUAGAGCCCAAGCCUGCCCUUUUGGAGCCCUGCUUGUACGCGAACACCCCUGAUGGGCACUUCAUUCUUGAUCGACACCCAAAGUAUGACAACGUUGUCAUCGGUGCUGGAUUCUCUGGACAUGGAUUCAAGCUCUCCCCUGUUGUGGGGAAGAUCCUGUAUGAAUUAAGCAUGAAAUUAACGCCAUCGUAUGACUUGACACCUUUUAGAAUGAGCCGCUUCCCCGGCCUGGGCAAAGCCCACCUCUGACCCCUGGCCAGCGCUUCCUUUUUGUACACUGGAGCCGGGAAUAAAGCCCUCUGGCUGUAACAUGCCCUCGUGUUCUCCCGCCUCUCUUGAGUCCCCUGUCAACGCCGCUUGAUUGAGUCGACCUUCUCUCCCUG